UUUUGACUGGCGGUGCUGGGUGUCAAGGCUUGAUCGAGUCCCCGCCACGCGGAACUUCAGGCGUCAAAGCCUCAAUCGCUCCUGGUACAAUCGAUCCCCACGUGAGGCUUCAAGACCGAUUUGUCCCUUGACUUUUUGACUCUUGAGAAACCUGGUCCUUGUGAAACCCUGCGCUUGAGGCAAGAUCUCUAGAUUGUAUGCCCUUGGUCCCUCAUCCUCCUCGGAUCCGUACAGAAACAAAACUACACCCACCCAAAUCGCAUUGUUAUCCUGGCCAGGCCUCUGCCCCGCGGUCGCAAUCGUAGCCGACUGCCCUGCUCUCUCAGCUCCCCCGAAGCCGACCUCGCCCGUCGCAAUUCAAACCAUUCUCGUUCACGAUUCUGAGACUCGGUAUUGAAAAUUCGGGCCGUUCGGCCUCAGGUGGGCUAUCAAGAUGGGUCAGAAACAAUCGAAACUGUCGCCACAACAACUGGAAGAGCUCCAGAAAUCGACGCAUUUUGAUAAGAAAGAGUUGCAACAAUGGUACAAGGGUAUGUCGUAUUCAGUUUGAGCGGAUCUACCCUCUGGUUGGUAGAGAAGCGAAUUGCGGCUGAACAUGUCUUCCCAUCACACAGGGUUCUUGAAGGAUUGUCCCUCGGGCAUGUUGACCAAGGAAGAGUUUCAAAAGAUCUAUCGACAAUUUUUCCCCUUUGGCGACCCAAACUCCUUUGCCGACUACGUCUUCAAAGUAUUCGACUCGGACAAGAGCGGGACGAUCGACUUCAAGGAAUUCAUAUGUGCCUUGAGCGUAACGAGUCGAGGCAAGAUGGAGGAUAAACUAGACUGGGCGUUCCAGCUUUAUGAUAUUGACGGAGAUGGCAAGAUCAGCUAUGACGAGAUGCUCGCAAUUGUGGAGGCCAUCUACAAAAUGGUCGGCUCCAUGGUUAAAUUGCCCGAAGACGAAGAUACGCCAGAAAAAAGGGUAAGAAAGAUUUUCAGAAUGAUGGACAAGGACGAGAAUGGGAGUCUUGACAUGGCAGAAUUCAAGGAAGGAAGUAAACGAGAUGAGACGAUUGUGUCGGCUCUUUCGCUGUAUGACGGCCUGGUAUGAUUGACCCGAGGGAAUCACCCAACUCGAAUAUUUCUUUUCCACUUUGGCAUUACGGGAAUGGAAAACAUACGAGACGCUGGCGCUUUUGGUAUUUCUGUCAGACUCUUGGAUUAGGAGCCGGUGUGCUUCAUCUGUCCUUGGAGCAGGGGCGAAGGAGGUGCUUUUGGAACACGCAAGCUGAAGCCACAAGGCUACACGAAAGAACAUGUGCGACGAGUGGCAUUGCAUUGAAUACGUUUGCAAGAGAGAUUGAGCGUCCGAAAUAAAUGACUUUUAAAGCUUUGACA